CAAAUUGUUGAUCGAUUGGAGACGAUCCAUUUGAUUUAACUUGUCACCAAUUCUUUUAUUAUCAAAAGGACAAAAUUCCUGGACAUAAAAUACAAGCAUAUUUGGCUUAAUGCCAUAACGAAGUGACGUUUGUUUUUUGAAUAAACAAACUCGAAUUUCCGAGUGUUAAAAUUUACCGUUUUCAAUAUCAAAAUGCUCAAGAGGAAUUUCGCCACUUUAAACGAGCAAGACGAUCAAGAAGACGAAUGGGAAUUAGAAGCUUCCGCUAGUGCGAUGCAAAGACAUUCUCCGCCUGAUUGCUACACGACCAAAAUUGAUACUCUGGACCAGCAAUAUGAAGUGCUAUGUGAUACUACUAAGGAUUUGGAAGCUGAACUUGAAGCGCUUCAGACAACCCUACAACGACUUGAAGAGGAAAAACAUCAUAUCUCAACAGCAACAGAACAAAGCGAACAAAAGUACCUAGAAUCAGUCGAAAAGACAGUAGCUCUUCUUCCGCAUCGAGAGGUAGUUGAAAUGGAAAAAACGCCUGAAUACUUAACGGCAGAUAUAAAGCUUACAGAAGGAUUAGAGGCCCUACUUUCGAAAUGGAAGGAUGCAGAGAAAGAGAGGAUAGUUAAUCGAGAGAGCCUUGCUAAAGAGAUAAAAUCUUUGGCACAUCAAUACAGAUAUAAUGAAUAUGCGAUUAUGGAUUUGAAUGCUCAGAUAGAAGGAUCUCAAGCCCAAAUACAGAUGUUAAAUCGUGACAUAACGAAAUUAAAUUCAUUACCUGUGGUCCUUCCUGUGAUAAAGUCGGACAUAGAGAAAUAUCGCUCAGACAUACAAAAUAGCAUGGAAUCUCUGGAUAAAAUAGAAAAAGAAUCGAUCAAACCUUAUUUGAUAGAACUCUCUAAAUUAAAAAUAUCUAUUCCGCUGCACCGAGAUCAAAUAAACAGUGUUUCUGAGAGGACGAAAAGUUUCUUGAAGGACCUGAUAAGAAUAUCAGACUUGAUCAUCAAACAGAGAAGCUAUCUAACAUUAAUUAGCUUCAUAUAUCAAACAAUCGAAUAUAAAUCAAAGCUGAAUGCUGAUGUGCGGCAAUCGGUCACACAAAAACUAGAAGAACAAGUAUGUCGCAUCACAUUGCAGGACGAAAGACCCAAUAAGAAGGAUGAUAGUGAUGUAACACAUUUAAAACGAAUUAAAAAACUAUUAUGCGAUUUCUUCAAGACAAAAAAGGACUUGAAAUUAAUUAAAAAAUACGAAGGUGAACUGAAGGGACAGUGGAAUCAAGACAUGCAAUCUUGCUUGGAUGUAAUAGCUGAACUGGAUACAUUGAAGUCAAAGUUAUCAGAAACUAUACACGGAUGUCUGGGUGAAAAGGAUGAUGUGGUAGGUGUACAGCCAGCAUCCUACGCUUCUUUACAGGAUGAAAUCGAAUCUCGAACGAACCAACUUAAAUCGAGAAUUUCGGGUUUAGCGCAGGAAAUGUUGGAUUCAGAAGAAAAUAUGAGGUUUAAAAAGCGUAGAGAGCUGUUUUCAGCAUUCUAUACAGACCCUGACGAUUUUUUUGAACUGAUCAAGAAGUAAUAUUAUAGCAAAUCGUUUAAU